GCGUGAGUGAUGCUGCUGUUGUGUCCUGCUGCCAUUUCCUCCUGGAUCCUCGCGAACACAUCAACACACCUGCUCACCUCCGUCUGACGUCAGCCUGCUCUGAGCUGUUAGCGAGGCCCAGGUGUCGGUUCUGGUCCGGAGGCCCAGUUACCGUGAUGCGUGUUAUCGGUGCCGGUCAUCUCUGUGGGCAGUAACACAAACACCGCCGCUCCGGAGGAUCAUUCUCACAGGACAUCAUCAUCGAUAUGGGGAUUGAUUUCUAGCUGCUGACUCUGAGUAUCUUCUGACACAGGUGUUAAUCUGCUGAGACAUGGAGACGAUCUGGCUUUAUCAGUUCCGUCUGAUCGUCAUCGGCGACUCCACCGUCGGGAAGUCGUGUCUGAUCCGCAGGUUCACCGAGGGACGCUUCGCCCAGGUGUCGGACCCGACCGUCGGGGUGGACUUCUUCUCACGCCUGGUGGAGAUCGAGCCGGGCAAAAGGAUCAAACUGCAGAUCUGGGACACGGCAGGACAGGAGAGGUUCAGGUCGAUCACCCGGGCUUACUACCGUAACUCGGUGGGCGGGCUCUUGCUCUUCGACAUCACAAACCGCCGCUCCUUCCAGAACGUCCACAACUGGCUGGAGGAGGCUCAGAGCCACGUCCAGCCGCACAGCAUCAUCUUCCUGCUGGUGGGGCACAAGUGUGACCUGGAGGCCCAGCGCCAGGUGACCCAGCAGGAGGCCGAGAAGCUGGCCGGCGCCUUCGGGAUGCGCUACGUGGAGACAUCGGCACGGGACGCCAUCAACGUGGAGAAGGCGUUCGUAGAUCUGACGAGGGACAUCUUCGAGCUGGUACGGACCGGAGACAUCAAGAUCCAGGACGGCUGGGAGGGCGUCAAGAGUGGAUUUGUUCCCAACACCGUCCAUUCCUCGGAGGAGGUGGCCAAGGGCAGCCGGCAGUGCUUGUGCUGAUUUACCUGACAGGUGGUGAAAAAAACUGAAGUGGACUCCGUCUGCAGGAGAUCUCUCUGGUCUCAGACAGUUUUCUGGGUUUGUAAUUUAAAUCCCUGCUCUGUCACACACCUCUAUAUAUAUAAAUAAGACGUUCAGGUGCCUGUUUACGGCUCCCGACAUUCAGACACUCGAUGUUCCCGACAGGUGUAGAAGCACAACAAGCAUCCCGUCACUGUUCUGUGUGCAUGUGUGUGUGACUGUAAUAGUCCUGCAGCUCUCAACACUUCAGCUUUACUGCACCUUUGGCCUUUCCUGACGUGUACAGUUAUUCUCCAGUGGACAGUUUCGUCUCCUGCGUGGUGUGAGCCUCUUCCUUUUUCAUGCAUAAUACUCUGAAUAUAUUGGGACCUUUUAUCCGUUGAGAGACACGAGACAGGAACAGAUCGUCACUGAUUGUACUGCAUUUAAACUCCAGGUGGCUCUCACAUGAUGAGAGAGAGGAGGGACGUGAACCAAAGCUUCAGAUUGUCGUGUUUGUUUGUCUGACUGCGACCUGCUGAUGAAGACUGAUGAAGAAGAGUUAGCACUGUGAAAAUGUUUCAUGUUGUGUGCUGAGAGGAAAAGUUAGCGUAGCUGCUCACUGAUAGACAUCAUGACUUCUUUUUAAAUCAAUAUGGUAAGUACUCAGAUCGUGUUUACUAGACUGUGUUGGUUGAGAUAUUUAAGCCAUUUGUAUGGAAACCCAAAGUCUACAAUAUUAAAUACAAUUUAAAAAGUCAAAUUAAAUGAAUCAAAGAAAUUAUAAUAACUCAAGUCAUGAUAUCUUUAUUUAAAAGUGACCCAGUUAAGCUAGCUACCAGAACCAGAAGUAGCCAUCUAUGUAAGCUUGUGAUCUUAAAUUAUUAUUUAAAAAAAAAACAGUGCGCUAGCAUCGUUGCUACACACAGAGAGGCAGCUAACUGGCUAGCUAGCUUGGUGCUGUUGUGAGUCUGAAUUAUCAGGCUGGCUAGAAUUGCUAGCUCUUGUUAGCACCACACACACAAAGAACCUGCUUUUUACAGGGUUUGUUGGGAACUGAAUUACCUAAUGCUAAUGUUAGCUGCUGCCUGCUAACCACACCUGGCUAGUUAGCCUCAUAGCUAGGUAUUCUAGGUAACAUUUGCAGCUUUGUUGAGCUACACAACAGAUUGUAUUCAUGACUUUAUUAUUAACAGAAGCAGCAGCAAGGUAGGUGAUUCAGAAGCUAAGCUAAGAGAAGCUAACUGGCUAAAUUUGAUGGCAGUUGUUAAGCUAGCUGAAGCAGGUUGAAGUAGCUGCUGCCAUGAAAUAUUAUGAAAUAGAAAAGUCACAUAAAUUAAACAAAUAGAGGAAAAAUAUAAUUAUGAGAUGAAAACAUUAACUCAUUAAAAAAGGGUAAAAUAACAUUUCAUGAUCAUUUCUGUAAUGUUAGUUUGAUAUUGGAUACUUUGGGCCUCCAUAUGUUUGGAGUCUGUUUGCUCUUAAACACAACACGACGCCUUCAGGUCACACUCUCUUCUCACGCUUAUGCCUACAAUCCAUUUAUAAAUCCAAUCUGUCACAUAUUUAUAAUCAGUGCAUGCCUCCAGCUGGACUCAAAUUUUCCAAAGAAAACAAGUUUUUAUUUUUGAUAAAAAUGUAAAUAUCCUCUUCACUCAGUACCGACGCUCAGCAGACGCAGAAGAAUCGAUCUCGUGUCCGAUUUGCUUCUUAUCUGGUGAGAUGACAAAAAUGUUUGUGAAACACAGGAAGUGAACAAAUGAGGAUUAUUUGAACGUCACUGCAGCUUGUUAGUGUUCAGAUGUUCAGACAGAACAUGGAAGCGUCUCUCUCGAGUGCCUUUUGGAAGAAAGAAGCCUAAACACACAAAAUCACCAACAGAACCGUGUGUGAAUAUCAAGAUCUGAGCCGUCAGCUGACGAGAACACGUUGGUCUCACGAAACACAAACUGUAGAUAAUUAAUUUAAAGAAACCAAGCCUGAUGAAGCUGAAUCUGUGAUGUUGUUGUGACUCUGAGAUUAUUAUAGCACAAGUGUCAUCAGUAUAAACGCCCCGAGGCAUUAAUAAAGAUCUGUGCAAAGUCUGGAGGGAUGCUGCUGUUUGUACCGGCUGACAGUAACGCUGUGUGUGACCACCAGAGGGCGACUGUAGCACGAUCCUUCAACACACCAUGAGUUCUGAAUUUAAAGGACGUUUACUCAAGUUAUUGUAUUAAAUAACAUAUUUGAUGUUCUUGUUAUUAAUAUUCGAUUGGCUGGAGAAAUAUCACAGACCUCAAGUGAGGGAAAAUGAUGAUCUUGUGAAAUAUGAUGCUGUAGAUUAAAUCCAACUGUAUAUAAAGUAGUUAAAUAAAUUAAUAUCCACUGCGAUUGAUCUAAAAACACAAUAUAUGAUAUUUAACAAUAUAUCAUUAUAUAUAUGCUCAUAUCAUAAAUCUGUUUGUCUCUCAUGAUUUCACACCUUUGUAUAAACUUUCCUCUAUAGUUAUUUCACUGAUAACAAUGAAAUACUUUAAAUAACCAUUUAUUAAUUCAUUGUUCACUAUAAAGCUGAUAAUUACAUUAUAAACCUUUACAGCUGAUUAGGAAAUGGUUUCAUUUUGUUAACGAUGAAAUACUUACUAAUUAAUGUUUAAUUAAAGGGGCACUAUGUAGAAAUUCCAAAUCAUAAUUUUAUUAUUUACAAUAUUAAUGAGUCAAUAAUACUCAAAACUCAGAAAUGUAUAUUUUCUCCAUAAUUGAAUAAACGAGCUGAGCAGAGAACACUGUCUGAGGCUCGGCAGGUGGCAGGGUCCGCCACAUGUAAACAAAGUGAAACAGUAUAUACUCUGUUGUGUUGAGUCACCGCGUAAUAAGUGAACAAAAUAAAUUCACAUCAUGUCGAGAAAUUAAAUACUUAUGUUUUCUUUACCGAGCAGAAGAUCCGACUGUAAACCAUCUGAAUUCCACUUCCUCUCUCUGACUGAACUAAGACGAGCUUAAUUGCCUCGUUAACUCCUCAUAAACAACAUUUCAUUCAAGCGUCGGCACUUCAGGCCCUCUGAUUUUAAUAGUUGAAUUUAUGAAUGGUUCCUGGUUACAUGAAUUAGUCUUAACAAGGUGUUUUACCUCCCUGUUACAGAUCAGUGCUGCAGUUUGUUUAUUCAGUGUGUUGAGUCACAGUGACGCUUCUCACGCUGUCCUGACUUUGGAAAUGAUGCUUCGACAAGUUUUUAACUCGACAAACAAGUUUUUAGGGCGUCAUAACACUGGUGUUUGGAUAUGAAAUGUGUGGUGAACACAGUUCUUUAAAAUAAACCACUAACGCUUGGUGGCCUGAAACGAUUGUAGUCAGGAGUUUCACAGUGAAACAGCCCGAGGCGCUCCGACACUCAGCUCAAACUUCUUUAACAAAUAAAGAGAUCAAACACAGACGCUGUUUCUGCCGUGAGCAAGAAUCAUUUUAUUUAAAAAAACAAAACAAAACAUUGAAAAUACAGCUCGUUUUGUACAUGACAGCCAUAUAUACAGGAUAUAAAACAGAGACAACAAAAGAUAGUUGCUGUUAACGAGUCAGCGCUGAGAGGGGAGAUGACGGGAUUGACUUUUGAAAAGGCACAAGGGCUGAGUGUGAAGAGCUCGCUGUGAUAUGAGUCACGUAACCUUUAACGACAAAUCAAUUCUUCCUGGGAUUCAUCAUCAUCGUCAGGAAAACUAAUUCUUUAGAUUGAGCAGCCCCGGUGCCUCCGUCAGCAGGUGGAUCGCUUCUUCAGGCACCAGAUAAUCGACUGAUAUCAUCCAGAAACACUGUGUGAAUCCAGAUCUACGCUCACUGAACACACUCCCUCCUCUACAGCGUAUGCUGGGAGAUCUGUCAUCACCUGACAGGUGUGACGGAGGAGAGCAGCAGCUUGUAAAGAUCUGCAGGAAUGCUCCAAUACUUCCAUUUUAUGUAAAGAAACUGGUCUGGGAUCUGUGUGAUGUGGAUUUCAGCAGCAUCAGGUGUCAAAGAAAUGCCUUCAAGUGUACGUCACAAAAAACAUCUCUUACCAAAUUAUACUUGAGUUCAUAUUUUAACAAAAGUACAUUUGUAUAAUUUACAGCAUUAUACAAAUACAAGAUAGAUACUGUACACAUACUGUACAUUCUACAGUAAAGCACUUUACUAGAACAACAAAAAAACAUUUGCUAUUAACAAUAAAUUAUCUUGACUCCAGAGGAUCGGGGUAGAAAGAUUUUAAAUUACACAAUUUAAAGACCAAAUUCUUAGUGGUCAUUCUCCGUUUUGGAAAGCUUAGCUUCCCAAAAACACGUUCAGUUGGUCAGGAAGGAUAUCACAAUUAAAUUAUUUGAUGCUGCGACAUGUGUGCAACAAAAAAAGGAAGAUAGAAACAAACAUGAGCAAAAGAACAUCAGCACACUAACAACUGUACACGAACGAUCCAAAUCUACAAAGCAUAUUAAUUGAUUGAGAAGACAAAAAGGCAAUAAUGACGAAAGCUAUCCCAGAAGAAACAUUUAAAUAUUAACAAGUCUAUCAGAAAAAAGUUUAGUAGUAAAAAUAAAAUAAGGUUGAAUAAAAUACAUGUGAUUGUUGCUCAACAGACCAAGCUGCCAAGAACAAGUUUCAA